UCCGCUUUGCUCUGCGUUUACGUGAUGAUUUGAGUUGUGCUGUCUGCUUUAAGCAUAGGCCUCACAGCUAUUGUGUGCAUUUCUGCUUCGACACAACAACGGUGUGCUGCUUUGUUGUAGCUAUAUUUGAGUGAUUUAAUUAAGAUUAUUAGAGUGAUUUAAAAAAAUGCGUUUAAACCACGUUGUUGUUGAUAUUCAUAUUUUUCAACUUUUUGCAGUUUUUAGGAAAAAUGAUUUCGUAACACUUUGAAUAAAUGUGAUCUUGAUCUUUAUUUUUAGUUGUUGAAUAUAUAUUUUUCAGUAUACGUAUUUUAUAUGAUAUAUAUUCAUUAUGACAUAUAAUUAUGUCUUUCACACAUUGCACAAGCUGAACUAACGUUCUCAAAUGUCUGAUUUUAAGAGACUUGUUGGCCUAGACAUACAUUCAUGAGGGUCUUUGAGGGGUCCUGUCUAGAUUUCCAUUUAUCGUUUACCUGUUUUCUACAUGUUAGUUGCAUCCUAUGGAUUUGAUUUGGGGACAAAAUUAUAAUUAGUAAAAUAUUUUUUCUAAGAAAUAAUAAUAAAAAGAUAUGAAUGAAUUAAGAAUAAAUAAUGCUAAACUGUUUUCUUUCCCUUUUUUUUUUAUAAAGAUUUUCUUUAUAAUAUCAGGACAGCUGUAAUUAUACUUUUCCCACCCAAAAAACAAAACACAAUUUGUAUGCAUUUUUGAGAAAUCAAUAAAAAGAAAAAAAGAAAAAAAACGAAUCAUGGCAAUGACCCUUCACCAACACUGAGCAAAUAGACUUGGCCUUAUUUUUGCCAAAUAGUCUUGACCCACAUCCACUAUGGAGAGAGACAAUUGUUGCACGUGCAGCUUGACAGAUGUGCAUUUUAUCAUGUGCAGAUUCAGUAUUUCUUUCAAAAACCAACUCACAUAUGGUCUGUGGUCAGAGAUGAGUGUUUAUACUUCAGAUCUGUUGUUUCUAUCCAGUGGGUAGAGAUUCUGCUUGGUCAUUGCUAGCUGGCUGAUUCAGUGGAAAUUUCUACACUGAUGUGUUUGCUUUACGUCUGUUGAGUCCAAGGCUGGCUCUGAAAUGAUGAUGGGGAACACAUGAUCAAUAUGACCUGUCUGUAAAACACUGUUUUUGGGAUAAGCUUAGGUACAUUGACACUCAUUGUCUUCUUGUGGAUCUAAAAUACUCACAGGGACUGCUGUAUUGUUACUACACGAUCAACCUAAUAGGACUUCAUUGAGCGCAUUCAUGCGUCGAGAUGUUUGUGUAGAAUUGGUUGUAGUUUGGACGCGUCUGUGAGGUUUGGUUUUGCUGGUUAAUGGCUCAGCUGGUCUCCAUGGGCACUUUUCCAUUCCAGUGAACUGGCGUUUGGCUCCCGCUCGUUGUCAUGAGGCUCAAGUCAUGCGUAUGUGUGCCCAUGUGAGUGUCUGGGUUUACACGGAAUAAAUAUAGUAGCUUCAGCUUAUCGCUCUCUGUCUCGCACCCUAAUACAUGGUUAGGUACACAAUGCAGUCGCACUCAGACGCAUGGGACAUGCAUAAUCUUGUUUACUGUGAAUGGCUGGCUUUGAUUUAUUUUAUUACAAAUAAUAAAAAUGCAUUAAAUGAAAUUAAAAGUAUUUUAAAAGUAGAUUUUCUUGAGACAUAGUUGCAUUUAAGGUAUAAAGACAAAUCAAAAUUUGAAUAAACAUUUACAUAUUAAUAUUAUAUUUAAGCAUGAUGCUUAUGUAAAAAAAAAGUUACCUUUAAACAUGUUUAUAUAUUUAAAUUUAUACAUUUAUAUAUUAACCGGAAGUGGAAGACAAGACCAAAUUUUUUAUUUAGUUUUCUUUUGCAGUGUUUUGAGUAAUAUAGAGUCAAUAUACUAUAAUCCUUCUGUAGCCAAUAUGUCAAAACAUAUCUUAUGCAAUCAUAUUAUCAAGGUCAUUCAUCUCCUUUUAAGGAAAUUUAGAUGCACUUUAAAAAUGUUUACAAAAACAGAUGAAGAAUAUUAAAGGUAUUUAAUACCUUGUGUUACGUUAUGCUGUUUUAAUUAUCAAGCAAAUGUAUCUUGUUUCACUACUAUUUAGAUGCACUUUUUCUUCUCAAGUUAUUUUUAAGCAUGCUUAUGUAAAUAAUGUAUAUUAAAAACAGGUCAAAAAAACAGAUUCAGACAAUGUUUUUUUUGCAGUUUAGUAACUAAUGUGCGGUGGUUAUGGCUGCCCAUAUGUUUCUCCAGUGGGGACACUUGUUGCUGCACUUGACUGUGCACGCUGAGUCACAAGCAGAAUCUGGUGCGAGUCAGACAUGAUUGUCUUUCACUUUUGAGAGAGCGAACAGCUAUGUGCAUUGACCGAAGGAUCACACUGUGCUCAGGUUACAGCUGCAACAGCUGGAGACAACCAGAUGUGAACAGCCGGGUAAGAUUUUUGCUCUUCAGGUGAAUCUACAGAGCCGAGAGAUCAGGUAUAACUUAAAGCUGGAUGGCUUCCUCUCGCAGACGGAGCUGCAAACUGAGAUUCUCUGCCAAGAGCUGAUUAAUGAUGGGAUUCUGCGGGAACGGAUUGUCUGCUAUCAGUAGUCAAUACUGAUGAAUGAUUCAAAGCUUGCCGUGGUCCAGCGCCAUGGUAGACAUGCCGAGCCUGUACAGUCCCUCGACCCCGCUGAGCGAUCAGAUUCUGGACAGCCCUCUGUGUGGGGAGCUCAUUGGUGACAUGGAGGUGCUGGAAGACAUAUCUCAGUCUCUCAGCGAUGAUACCUUCAACUCCUUUCACGUACUGGACUACCAGAGCAGCAACACUGCAGCAGACAGCUCAGCUGUCAUAGUGGGAUGUGUUUGUCUUGUAGAUGUCUUAACACUGGCAUCGAGUCCGUUCUCAGAAGUGUUUGCGUCCAGCACGGUUCAGGACGAGAACUCCUCUGGUUCUCUGGCCCUCGAGUGCCGCGUCUGCGCCGACCGGGCCUCAGGUUUCCACUAUGGAGUGCACGCGUGCGAAGGGUGCAAGGGGUUCUUCAGGAGAACCAUUCGACUCAAACUGGAGUACGACAAGUGCGAACGCAACUGCAAGAUCCAGAAAAAGAACCGAAAUAAAUGCCAAUACUGCCGUUUCCGCAAGUGUCUUGCAGUGGGCAUGUCCCACAACGCUAUCCGUUUUGGGCGGAUACCCCAAUCUGAAAAGCAGAGGCUGAAAGCAGAACAGGACGUCAGUGUAAAAGAUGAGCACGAGUCCCAGCAGCCGGACACAAAGAGUCUGGCCAAGCAGAUGCAUGAAGCCUACCUCAACCAUUUCCACAUGAACAAAGCCAAAGCACGUGUGUUUCUCACGGGCAAGACCAGCACUCCGCCCUUCGUCAUCCACGACAUGGACACUCUCCAGCACGCCGAGCAGAAACUACUCACCCAGCUGCUGGGCAACGUGGCAUCCGGAGACGUCUCUACUCUGCGGGAGAGGGAAGUGGAGGCCCGGCUCUUCCUGUUCUGUCAGUACGCCUCGGUGGCGACGGUCACAGAGCUGACGGAGUUCGCCAAGGCCGUGCCUGGCUUCGCCGCCCUUGACCUCAACGACCAGGUGACUCUGCUGAAGUACGGCGUGUACGAGGCGCUCUUCGCGCUGCUGGCCUCCUGCAUGAACAAAGACGGGCUGCUGGUGGCUCGCGGCGGAGGCUUCAUCACUCGAGAAUUUCUAAAGAGCCUGCGUAAGCCCUUCAGCGACAUGAUGGAGCCGAAAUUUCAGUUCGCCAUGAGGUUCAACGCCCUAGAGCUGGACGACAGCGACCUGGCACUGUUCGUGGCUGCCAUCAUCUGCUGCGGAGAUCGUCCGGGGCUGAGCGACGUGUCGCAGAUCGAGCGCAUCCAGGAGAGCAUCAUCCAUGCCCUAAGGCUCCACCUGUUGUCCAACCACCCAGACAACUCCUUACUCUUUCCCAAACUGCUGCAGAAACUGGCUGACCUACGGCAGCUGGUGACGGAGCACGCGGAGCUGGUCCAGGACAUCAACAAGACAGAAGAUGCUUCACUCCACCCGCUUCUGCAGGAGAUCUACAGAGACAUGUACUGAGCUCAAAGAAACAUGACAGAUCACCCUGCACUGGGGGCGGGAGAUAAGGGGAUGCUCAGCGCAGAAACAUCUUUGGGUUGUGCGCUUACUAUUGGAUAAAGCACUGCCAGGACAUUACAGGGAAAAUCUAGCGUAAAUCUAGGCUGAAAAUAUAGCACUAACCUUUAAUAGGACACAGACCUUUAUAAGGUUAAUGCCUAUAGUCCCACAGAAAAGUGGAAUAGAUGCUUUUGUAAAUUUGCCAAAAAGUGGAUUUCAGUUAUAAGUGCAGUGAGCGAAAAACAUAUGAUGCCUUGGCUCACUGUAGACUGGCAAUAGAUCAUUAAAGUGUUAUGUCCAGCCUCACAGGCAUCUGUUAGUGUGAUGUGCUGCUGCUGCUCCCCUGCUCCAUGUCUGUAAAGCUUGAAGGGCGGGGCUUCGGAAAUACAAGGGGCGUGGUUAUCAAAACGUAACUUUCAGAGCGGUGACGUCUCUCGACACCUUUAAACUUGAGCGCAUCUUCGUCUCUGCCAAAAAAUAAACACCAGCAGUCAAGAUUUAGGAUCUGGAAAAAUAUAGAGUUGACUAUCUUGAAUAUUGGGUGAUUUUUUUUUUUAUGUAUAGAGAGAGCCAUAUAAAUCAGAUUGUUUGUUACCUCAUUUGAAAUGCUUGUACAUUGAACAUCAUUUGUAAAAAUCUUUUGUAUAAAAAUAUUGUACACUGUA